UUUUAAUUCAAGUUUCUAGGAACAGAGGAAGUCAUACCACUUUCGUGGAGCAUAUCUGGACGGUUAUAUGAAACUUCAUGACAGUUUAACAAUUUAAAAGACCAAAACCACGUGUCCGCACAUCGUAUACUCAAUCAAAGUCAAAGAGAAGGUUUGCUACUUUUCUUAAUCUAGUCGUCGAUAUGACAUCACAUUUCACACAAUACGUGAGAAAAACUUACCAUCACAUUAUUACGAAAACACCCCUAGUCGUGGUCAACUUGACCUUUCCCCACAAACACUCAUUGCGGAGGAAACUUCCCGGCCACCGCCGCGCAACCGCCUCUAGCUUUAAAUAAUAACACCAAAAUAUUCAAACCCGUGUUUUAACCGUCGAACAAUCAAGAAUCUCUCCACCAUUACACGCAUUCACAUACUCAUCUAUAUAUAAUCUACCACUUCUUGAAAAGAAUUUGCAUCAGAAAUCCAUUUCCCAAAUCUUCUAGAUUCAUAUUCAAAUCAAGAAAUGACUCUCGCUAAGAACCAAAAAUCAUCAUUGUCACGACUAUACAAGAAAGUUUCCUCGAAGAGAUCAGAAUCGUCAAGAAACCUUGAAGACGAAUCAAGAACGAGCAGUAAUAGUAGCGGAAGCAGCUCGUUAAACGUUAACGAGCUAAGAACCGUUUUUGACUAUAUGGAUGCAAACUCAGACGGGAAAAUCUCCGGUGAAGAGCUACAAAGCUGCGUUAGUCUCUUAGGCGGCGCGUUAUCGUCACGUGAGGUGGAGGAAGUGGUGAAGACAUCAGACGUUGACGGAGACGGGUUUAUAGAUUUUGAGGAGUUUUUGAAGCUUAUGGAAGGGGAAGAUGGUAGUGAUGAAGAAAGGAGGAAGGAGUUGAAAGAAGCGUUUGGGAUGUAUGUUAUGGAGGGGGAAGAGUUUAUUACGGCGGCGAGUUUACGGAGGACGUUGAGUCGACUCGGCGAGUCGUGUACGGUUGAUGCUUGUAAGGUUAUGAUUCGUGGGUUUGAUCAGAAUGACGAUGGAGUUCUCAGCUUUGACGAGUUUGUUUUGAUGAUGCGUUGAGAUGAUAUAUAUGGGAUUGGGACAUCUUCCUUCCCUCCUCAAAAUUUUAUUCAUUCAAUUAUUAUUUUUGUGAGAGAUUCUUAUUCCUUUGUAUAUUUGUGUCUCAUCUAAUCUAUUUGUAUUAUUUAACACACUUCAUAAUAAACGUGUCUUGUUUUGAUAUUCUGAAUUUGUCAAAACAUACAAAAUGUGUUUAUAUGUCUCCCCAUAACUGAGAAUACCCAAUUAAGGGGACUAAAAUCUAAAACUGCGAGUCGUAAAAGAGGCCAGUCAUCACCACCAUUUGCCGCUCGACCAAUGUCACUAGGUGA